AAAUAGAGAUGAUAACCAUGUGGAGCACCUACGGAAUAUAAGCCCUCGUUCGAACGUCAAUGUUUCACAUUGUCGUUUCCAAGACAUUUCAUCUCUCUACAUCUCCUCUAACUAUGCCAAAGUCGAAAUCAAUCCAUUCUCGCCCCUCCGGGACUAUCGCCCAGCGUAUGAAGAAUAUCAAAACGGCCACGCCCACCUGGUUUUACAAUGAAUGUCUUCCCGUUGCCGAACGGCAUGCCUGGGCCCAAGACGUCGAUAGGGGGAGACACAAUAACGAAGUUGUUGAAGUGCUAGAAUGGCUUGUAACAAUGAGGUUCUGGGGACGAUAUACUGAUCUACCCGGAAGACACGCUGCCCGCAUAUAUACAGACGCUGAAGCGGAAGACAUGAGCUCCGACUGGGAUGUAGGGAGGAGCGAUUCCGAGCAGGAUGAGGAUGAAACCGAAGAGGGGUCGAGCUCUGAUGGGGACUCGGAGUCGCAUAUUGGUACUUCGAUGGGAAUUCUGAAGGGAGUGUUAAACGAGUCUCCGUUAACUCGCGGUUGUGUUUCCUUUAACGAGUAUGACUGGUGUCUCGUUCAGGAUGUAUGUCCCAUCACCGGGGAAGUCAACUGUGAUUGGUCAGAUUUGUACAAGGAGAAAAUAAAGAAGGCACUCAGAGCAGUCGAGCGAGAGCAUGGAGAUUCCGGGUUGAGAAUUGCUCGCUGGGCUGUGAGGAAUCGGUUUGUUGAAUGCAUAUCUGGGUUGGAUAUCAUUAGUUACGAAACACGCUUGACCCCCCGGUUCAUAUGGAAGGAUAAAUCCGCCAAAUGGUUCACGGAAACGACAGAAAGCUUUCUGGACGAGGAUGGCGAGAUGAUUCCAACAUUGUCAUAG